AAGCAGACUUAUUUUUCUUACUCAUAUCCGGAAAUAACGCUUGUGGAUAUUUCACACACACUUCCCAGGGAAAGAUGGCAAGACCAGAGAGAUUCCUCGCUGUAUAUUACUUCAUAUUGUUCUAUUUUACAACAGGGCAAAGGGUUAAUGGUAAAGAGGCGGAAGUGGAAUGCACCUUUAAUGAACAAUGGUGCAAUUUUACACAGCUUUCCCUAGAUAACAUGCAGUGGACUUUAGGAAGAAACGGGGACGGUGGCUUUGCCCAUGUCAUUGCUAACACGACUUCAAAAACAGACGCUGUAAUGGGGUCACCGCCCAUGCCGCCGUUGUACAUACCGCGGGGUCUCGCCUUCCAGUACCGCCAGAUUGGCGUCUCACUGACGAUAGAUGUCGCUGUUAUGUCUGGAAACGCAACUCAGAUUGAUGUGAUUUGGUCGUCACAUUCCCCAGAUUCAGCGAUUAGCAACGGGACAUGGCGACAUGCUCGUGUCACCCUUCCACCAGCAGAAGGCACGGGGACACUUGGUGACAUUGUGGUGUUUUUUAACGCGAGUUCAACUGGGUCAACAGUGCUGACGCACUCCAGUCUCUCCCUAGAUAACGUUGUCAUCACACGAGGUCCCUGCGAUGCAGGUGAGCCUGUAUUUCGAAUGCUCUCCGACAUUUCAGAAAUGACGUGCACAUUUGAAAAAGAUCAAGCAUGUACCUAUCACGAUUAUGUCCCCCCGAGACUUGUCAAUAAAACCACCAUCACAUGGACGAUCCACCAGGGAUACACGCUCAGUAGCCGGACUGGACCAACGGGGGACCACACCUUUACUGACCAUAAAGGUCGGUAUAUUUACCUGGAGGCUAGUGGUAUAAUGCCAGAUACAACAGCGACCAUCAAAUUUGAAUUGAAUCCACCAAUGUCGUUGAAAUGUGCUGUAUUCUUCUAUCAUAUGUGGGGUUAUGUAGUAGGCUCUCUACGCGUGUUUACUUUGAAAGAUGACAGUCCGUUUGACGAAACCCUGCUGUGGAAACAAUCAGGGAAUCAUAGAAAUGUCUGGCACGAGGCAAGAGUAGAUGUCCCAGCAAACUCAACAGCUAUCCUUUUCCAAGCUGUGCGGGGUACAAGUAACUUUGGCGAUAUCGCCCUUGAUGACGUCAUGGUUGUUAACGGCGUCUGCGCAGACAAUCAGCGCCCCCUGGUUAACAUCACAAUGCCUCCUGCAACAACAACAACUAUGUUGACUAAAACCUCCUCAACAACAACUACAUCAAAAGCAUUCGCUUCAACAACACCGUCAACUGCAGCCACCUCAGCAACACCUAAGACGAAAACGACCGCUUCAAAGACGACUACCUUAACAACUGCUGCGUCAAC